AUUCAUUCCAUAAAUAACGGGGACUCUCCCUUAAUUUCCUCUCAUCCAUCAAAUAACGAAAUGGAGAAGGUGGGCGAUUCUCAGCCGUCUUCAUCAGAGCCCGUUUCGCCAACUAGUAACGAGAUGAUGAAGGAGCAGCGGCAGCAGAGAGUCCUGAAAGUUGAGGCUGAAUCUUCAGAAAACUGUUUGGAAAAGAUAAAAAGCGUCUUAGAAAAGCUUCGAGAAACGAGUGACAUCGACACAUGGCGUGAAGAGAGAGAUGGGACGGUGAUGGUCUGGGGUUACUUUGAUCCUGAGAAGCUUAAAAUAAAGUUAGGAAAUGAGGCCGGCGAUGCGAUCAUGUCAAUUACAGACCCAACUAACAGCAUUCACAGUGAUAAAUUGGCGUCGUUUGAGUACGAUGGUGGGGAGUGUGCAGCCAAAAACCCUGCGAUGCCUGUUUGCGAUUUCAGCGAUAUCAAAAUUCUCUCGACUGGUGAAUUAAUAAGGGAGACCAAAGAAAAAAGUGGGUGCUGUUGUUGUAUAUUGUAAUAGUGAAGUUAUAAAUGACAAUACUAAAUGGUUAUGCCGAUCA